AUGGCGCAAUCAAAGGCCACCAAAAAGUUCGAGAAGAACCAUCUCAAGGACACAAUCAAGCGCCGCAAGGACUUUGCCAAAAUCAAGCAGCGCCACCAGAUCAACGAGAAGAAAAAGGCAAAGCGAGCCCAGGACAAUGAAGUUUCGACACCACCACCAGAGACGAGGGCCCCAGCCAAGGACGGAAAGCAGGACUUUGAGAGCAUGAACGUCGACGACUUCUUCCAAGGAGGCUUCGACGUCCCCGAGCUACCGGCAAAGAUGGACAAGUCACUCAAGAGGAAACGCGCAAAGACCGACGACAAGGACGCCCAAGCAAAGCCCGCCGCCGCUGCUGCAGGCGAUGACGCUUCAGACUCGGAUUCGGAGAUUGACGACCCGGAAGCCUUCCAGGCCCAGCUGGAUGCUCUCGCCGCAAAGGAUCCCGAGUUCCACAAAUACAUGCAAGAGAACGAGCCCGAUGCUCUCAACUUCGAGGACGCAGACCUGGGAGAGAUUGAUGAGCUGAGCGGUGAUGAGGAGGACGAGAGACCAUCAAAGAAGCAAAAGGGAGAGGGCAACGAGGUCACCAAGCAGAUGAUUGCCAAGUGGCAGAAGGCCAUGACAACACAACACUCGCUGCGCGCUUCCAAAGAGGUCGUUCUUGCUUUCCGCGCUGCUGCUCACGUUUCGGACGAAGAGGACAAGGUCUUCAAAUACUCCAUCUCAGACCCCCAAGCCUACCACGAGCUGUUGGUCGUUGCGCUCAAGCACUUGCCUGAGGUGCUCGCACACCACCUGCCCGUCAAGGAGAAGGCUGGCGGCAGAGUGACCUUCUCGACCGACUCCAAGAAGUUCCGCAACCUCAGCCCGCUGCUCAAGUCGCAUCUCACCUCAGUCCUGCAUUUGCUCGCCCAUCUCUCCGACCCCAACACCAUCCGCAUGACCCUCACCAACGUUCUCCCUCUCCUCCCCUACGUUCUCUCAUUCAAGAAGAUCAUCCGUGAUCUGACAAAGGCCGUCACUGGAGUUUGGUCCGAGUCGUCGAGUACCGAAGCCACCCGUAUCGCUGCUUUCCUCGUUCUCAGAAGACUGCUAGUUAUUGGCGAUGCUGGUAUCAGGGAAGCUGUUCUCAAGACUUCAUACCAGGGUCUGAUCAAGGGUAGUCGCAACACCACUGUUCACACUGUUCAAGGCAUCAACUUGAUGAAAAACUCGGCCGCUGAACUCUGGGGCAUCGAUCCCACCAUUGGCUACACAACUGGUUUCACCUUCAUUCGUCAACUCGCCAUCCAUCUCCGCAGCAGCAUCACCAACAAGUCAAAGGACUCAUACAAGACCGUCUACAACUGGCAAUUCGUCCACUCUCUUGACUUCUGGUCGCGUGUGGUAGCAUCGCACUGUCAGUCGCUCGCUGAGGCCGAGAAGGGAGCCGCUUCCCCUCUGCGUCCCCUGAUCUACCCUAUCGUGCAAGUCACCCUCGGUGCCAUGCGCCUCAUUCCCACAAGCACAUACUUCCCCCUCCGCUUCCAUCUCAUCCGCAGUCUCCUCCGUAUCUCUCUCUCCACAUCAACCUACAUUCCCCUUGGAUCCGCCCUUUACGAAGUUUUGAACGCCGCUGAAAUGCGCAAGCCCCCCAAGGCCUCGACUCUCAAGCCCCUUGACUUUUCCACUGUCGUCAGAGCACCCAAAACAUACUUGCGCACACGUGUGUACCAAGAUGGUGUUGGUGAGCAGGUCGUCGAGCUGCUCUCAGAGUUCUUCGUCCUUUGGGCGAAAUCUGUCGCCUUCCCCGAACUCGCACUACCUCUUGUGGUCCUGUUGAAGCGCUGGUUGAAGGAGACGGGCAAGAACUCAAAGACACCAAACAACAACGCAAAACUCACAUCGCAAAUGAUCUUGCUGAUUCAAAAGGUCGACGCCAACAUUCGCUUUGUCGAGGAGAAGAGAAUCAAGGUCGACUUUGCACCCAACAACCGCGGCGAGGUGGAGAACUUCCUCAAGGAGACCGAGUGGCAAAAGACACCGCUGGGAGCGUUUGUCGUUGGUCAAAGGAAGAUCAGAGACGAGAAGCAGAAGUUGAUGGAGGAGGCGAGAAAGGAGGACGAGAAGAAGAGAGAAGAGGAGAAGGCCGAGAGAAUGGCUAACGAGGGUGAAGACUUUGACGACGACGAAGAAGAAGCCAGUGGAGAUGAAGACGAGUCUGAGGACGAGGAGAUGGAAGUGGAUGGUGUCAGUGAUGAGGAGGAUGACGAGUAG